AUGCUUGCUAAGGUUGGGUGCACCACUACAAAAGAACAAUUUGAUAGGAAAUUUGGUGAAGUUGAUACGAGGAAGUUCACAUUACUAGCAAAGGGUAGCUACGUCCUCAUCAUCACAAUCUCCUCAGAGGAACAAUUAAGAGAUAAAGCUGUGAAGCAUUUAAGGCGCAUAAAUUGCAAGGAAGGUUCACAUCACUGCAUUGGUUACUGA